GCUCCGCCUCCGCUUGCUCCUUCUCCACCGAGUUGAGAGGAAGCGGGGGAAAGGACGGGCACGGGCCGAGCACCGAGGAGCAGCGGCAGGGUCGGGGCUGCAGGCGCCCGGCGGAGGCAGGGUAUGCUAUGACGGGUUGCAGAUUGCCGCUUGGCGCUUUUAGAAAUCUAAAUGUUUGGCUUGGUCUUUUGGAGAACUCUCCUUAUAAACUCUGCACACCCUGGAAGAGGCUUCUUUAUUCUGCAAGCCAGCAGCAAGUAACGGCAAUUGCCCCAAAACAUUUAUGUGUUUCUCCUUUAAAACACCAAGUAUUUUUAACACCAUUGCCCAAAAGUGCACUGAGGAUUUCUGUACGUCUCAAAAGCAACAAAAGUUAUCGGAAGAACGCAAAACAAACUGUGCCAGAGGAGACUGAGGAGGAAGAUGAAAACGAAGAGAUAAGCGAUUCAGAAGAUGAGUUUGAGGGUGAUUCUACUAUAGUAAAAGAUUAUAAAGAUCUCGAAAAAGUAGUACAGUCUUUUCGAUAUGAUGUAAUAAUGAAAGCUGGUCUAGACAUUGCAAGAAACAAAGUGGAAGAUGCGUUCUAUAAUGGCGAACUCAGGCUGAAUGGGGAGAAACUAUGGAAGAAGAGCAGAGCGGUAAAAGUCGGUGAUACACUGGACCUGAUAAUUGGAGAGGACAAAGAAACAGAAAGUGCCGUGGUUAUGAGAGUUGUCUUAAAGAAGGCCUCCGACAAGGUCAACGAUGAAAAAUACAGAGUGGUGUUAAGGCGCUGGAGGAACUUAAAGGUGCCCAAGCAGGAUGUAUUUAAGUGAACUAGGAUUUGCAUGUGGCAGAGGUUUCCUUGUGAACAACUGUUGGUUAUACAAUAUAUGAAUUUUGGUUAAACAAAAUUCCUGCAUUCUUUUUUAAAAGAAAAUAAUAUUUAAAUGGGUAUGUGAUGGCAUGAUGCCACCUUCCUUACUGUGAACAUCACUUUGCCCGUGACUUUUUAGUUUGCUGCUUUUGUUCCAUUCUGAGAGAGAAAGCAAUGUUUCUAUGAGAAGAUAGAACAAAGGAAUAAAAGGGAAGGCUAAUUUUAAAUAUUCUCUGCUUUUGUUUAAAUGACAUGACCCAGAAGCCCAAAACUAAACAACUUGAGUGGGAAGAAAGCCUGGCUUUUCUUUAUCAUUGUGUGGUGUGAUAACAGUAGCCAGUCAGUUCAGGAACCUGGUUUUUCUUUUCUUUUUUAAA